AUGGAUGUGAAGACCGAAGUGGCAUUGAGUGAGCAGAAGAAGAAGAGGAGGAGGAGGAAGAAGAAGAAGAAGAAGAAGAAGAAGAGGAAGAAGAAGAAGAAGAAGAAGAAUAAUAAGAAGAAGAAGAAUAAGAAGAAGAAGAAAAAGAAGGAGGAGAAGAAGAAGACCAUUGGACGGCGGGAACGUUACUUGUAGUAGUUGCGAAAAGAAUCUAGGACUCACACAUUCGCCCAUAUUGUUUAACCUGGUUGCCGUGUUGACCUUUCCGAAUACCUGAAGGUCGAUUUGAGAACGAUAUGAACGUUGUGCCGCGUAAACUACUGUUCCCAGCAAUGUACGUCGGUCUGACCGAUUACUUCGCCGCGCAGCCGGGUUGCCGGCCUAGACGCUGCCUGCUGCCAGUAGGAAGGACUACGACCACAUAUCAAGGCCAAGAAAAAGGCGUGCGCUAAAACACCCACACAACCUAUGCUAAGUUGGCAUAUAAAGGCACGUACAACAUAGACGCGAUCACGCUGCGCAAGCUGAGAAAUGACAAAAUAUCGACAAAUGGGCAAUCGUGCUAAUUUGUUUGCUUGCGUGCGCGUGCCUCGCGCUUUGGUGUGUGAAGGCAUGCGGACGACAGUAGACGUAAUAACGCAAAGUUAGCCCAAGUGUGUGGCUCGCCUAGAAGCUCUCUUUAGGUUUGUCAGCCUCAUUGUUCCUACUGGGCAUCGUCCGUUGAAAUCGACCAUCGAAUUGCCAUACGUGUAAUUGCGGCUGCAGCCUUAGGGACUUCCGUUACGCAAGUUUACAACAUAAACGCAUGUGAGCAGUGCGAAUGAUGUACGGUGGUUGGAUAGUACACCUGGAACGAUGUGUGAGUGCGUGAAAGACAGAGAGGGCAAAGACUUCUCCUAAUCAACGGACAACCAAAACGCAGUGAGAAAUUUUGCUUUUAUUGACAGAACUUGUAACAAACUGCAGGGCACUUGAGUGAGGUUGAAAUACGAAUAGGCGUUCCCCACGGCCACCCGAACCUAGGCCCUUUUACAGCCAAUGACCACUAUCCUAUUCCUGUACGCCAUGAUUUUAAGUGGGCAAUUUAAGUGUGUUUUCAGCUAAGGCCUUCGCAUAGUCAUCCUGUGAACAAAUAUACACGCUGGGAUUGACGAGGUAGUAUGCAGCAGGAAUAGACUUUGGGACGCGAUGGAGGCGUUAGCAUAGUAAACUAUACUUUUCAGAUUAGUUUCAUCCUCUUACAAAUCCUCUCCUCUUAAAUGUGACACUGUUGUCGUGACUGAUGCUGUCAAAGGGUGUCGAUGAGUCGACAACAAAAAGUUUGCCAAAUCAAAAGUCAGGGGGACAGGGUUGGUAGGACAACCUUUACUGCGCCAAGAGAGCAUACUGGUGGCUCAGAAGGCAGCGGCAGUCAUUGUAAGAAGCCGAGACCUAGGCCUUGAUGUUGUUAGUCCCGGCGCGAGGUGCGUGCGUGGGUCGGCGCAUUGUCCGGUUGCGGCCAAUCGCUGUAGGCGAAAAUAUCGAUUGGCGUCACAGCGUGGGUAAGCCGAAGGGCGAGCCACACGCAACGCAGUCAGCAGGCAAAGGGGACGCGGUCGUUGUCGUCAUGCCGAGUACCCGACUGCAUGUUUCAUGCAAGAAUAGCGGCAUGACUUAGGUCACAUUGAGGUUCAUUAUGAAGUUCGUAAACUGCCGUAUGUUAGUUUUCGAACACGGAUUCAUUGGUGCAGAUUCAGCAGACAUUGAACAAUAUCUUCAGAAUAAUGGUGGUAUUAUACUUUGUCAGUGACCCAGAAGUCCAGCCCACAAAGUCCUCAGAGGAUACCUGAGGUCAUGGGAACAGCCUGGUGGGAACUAAGAGUGUGUACUCAGCCUCCCCUAUUCCACGGUCCCAAGAACUUGCGCAUAAACGUCCGACUCCUGCCAGUGUUUAAUCAAAACGAGCAGAAAUAUUAGAAUUAUGGCAAAUACUCCCAGUGGUUAUCUUAUUUUCAUAGUUGUUCUGUACCACGUGUUGGUGACUAAUGUUCAUUUUUAUCUCGGCUUUUAUGCUAGUGCUUAAAAAGUGGAUAUGAAGACGAAAAUGACCUAGUGUGUGAGUUUAACUAGGCACUAUCAUUUCUUCAGCUAACAGGUCGCUGUGAUUAGGCAACCGUAGUUUGACUACAUGAAGUCUGGCAUCCGCAUUACCGUCGAGGCUGUUCUUAAAAAUUCUGGACUGUUGGACCUAGUAAAGAAAAUUAGCAGUCGAAUCUAGAAAGUAGAAAUACAAAGCCUUCUGUAUGGAAGAUUCGGAUUCCUUGCGUGAUUUAAUAACUGAUUAACGCACUGAUCGCUGGUACAGGUAUUUCCUGUCUUACCUAUACUCUUCAAUUUUUAGACACUUGCCGUUUUGGACUCCCAAGUAUCCAAACAGGCUUGGAACUGUUUUUCCCAUGCAUUGACAAUUCGCGGCCUAUUUACUUUGCAGUCCCAAGAACUGUCAUUAUUACUGAAAGUCGCACCUGUUCCACUUUUGACGCACUUAUAUUAUUCCAUUUUACUACAUGCAGUACCUUUUGCAACUCGGAGGUCAGGUGGCCAGAGUGUCGGCUCUACUCAAGUUUUCCACUUGCUGUCGUGGAUUCGAACCCCACCGAGGUCGCUGAGCUUUGAACAGUUGGGUCGAAACGAGUUAAUCAAAAUCUGCCAAACACAUAUUAAUUACGUGAGCCUGAUAGUCAUCUGGUGGGUCCUAGAUUGAUUACUUAGGAAAUCCUGCUUGGAAAGUCAGUCUACUGUAUCCGAUUUGAUGGAUUGCAUAAGUUCCAGAAGUUCCAGUAGGCUGGGCGGGCAACUUGACCCAAAUGUGAUUAAACUCACGGCUCCAGAUGAGGUGCAUAGAGCGUUGGCUGUGCUCAAGCCUUGUUUUUGUUGUCGUGGGUUCGGAUCCUACCGAGCUCGCCAACUUUUUCCCAGUUGGGUGAAAAUUAAUCAUAGAAUUUUUACAGAAAUCCAUAAAAUAUUGCCUUGUCGAGGUUCGCUGGUAGACAACACAAGGUUUACCAAAUCAAAAUUCAGGGAUACAGGGUUGGUAGGACGACGUCUGAUGCAGCAAUGCGGAAGGCAGUGGCAGCAAUUGUUCUACCAAACAGUGUCAGCCUUUGGUGUUUUCACUCACGGCACGAGGUGCAUGCGUGCGCCUGAGUUGGAGUCGACUGCGUCCAAUCGCUUAAGAUAAAAAUAUCGAUCGAUGUCACGGUGCCGGCAAGCCGUUGACUAGCAAGGGGGGUCGGUCACUGUGACCACAUCGAAUGAACCGCCAGAGUACCAUCAGUUGUGCGUAAUUGCUACGGUUUCUUUCUAUGUACACUCGGUUUACGUCAGAAGUCACUUACACCUUGAUAUAACUCCUUGCCCACUGGCAUGCUCUUUCUAAUUUGUCUUAAAAUUAUGAUGAUGGCUACUUUCCGCCACGUCCUUUCCCGACGUAUAUGCCUUGUGAUGGAAUGUGAUGCUUAACGUACAUUCUACACUCUACAUUACCCUGUGAAGGCAGUGCUAACGAACCUAACAACCGCAGGGCUCCCCAGCGAGGGGUUCGCAAGCACUGCAGGGAUGAAUAGGGUCUAGCAGUAGGACAAACGCCCUUAUCCAAAUAUAUAAUAUUUAUUUUCUCUGCGGGUUUGCAGAUAUCAUAAUGAGCCUUGGACGCCAUAAAGAGAAACACAUUAGCAUAACGAUGACAGUGAAGUACGCCUAAGGACAACCUGUGGGAACUAGGUGAUGUGGCAUCGUCAUCGCCCUUGGUAGGUUGCUAACAGUGAUUUUGAUGGGAAUGACACAUAGGACUUAGCUUAUUUACCAUGUAUGUAAUGCAUUUCUACAUGUAGUUCUAUAGAGGAUAGUUAGAUUCAUCGAAUGUUUCUAUUUGCAGGCGCAAAUGGACAAGGACUCAUAGAACAAAAGCAUAAGCCUGGUACCAUAUGCACCAGUCCGCUGAUUUUGAAAAUUACUGCUUUAAUUUUCGUCACCAGAAUAUUAUUGAGGUUCUAAAGACGGUCCACCAUCUGACGCCUUUGCGACAGAACAGACGUUCCACGAGUUUAUCAACUAGCAAGAAGUUUCAUUUGGGCCGAAACUGCCUAUGACUGACAUGCCGAUGCACGCAUAUUCCCGUCCACUGUAAAAAUUUUACCUCGUAUUUCUUCUGUCAUGGGAGUCGUCGACCGAUUUUUGCUACACAAUCCGCGCUAGAAUAAUUACUAUAAGUACAGAAGAGGACUGGUCGAGCAUUGGAACAGUAAGAUUAAUUUUCUGAGCAUUCUAACUCGUGCAGGAGUCCACCGUCAGAUGUAGUGGCAACAACUGGACGAGCGACGAUUAUAGAGGGUGCUGGCUAAUCAUCGAUCGACGGCUCAAGACAGGAGGUGACUUUUCAGGGCUUUGCACAUCGGCGCCAGAUCGAUAAAUCUAUUGACUGAGUUCUCAUCCAAGGGCCAGGCUUCAGUCAGUUAUCAACCUAUUUUAUUUCUGAAGUGGGUGAUUAUCUUGGUGACUGCAAAGUUUAACUCAUGAACCAUUUCGUAGGUGUGGGCAACCACUUACGAUGAUUCGUUGCCUCCUCGCACAGCCAGCUUGUGUUCGUGUAUGCGCGAUCCUGGCAUGCGUCCAGUCUGACCUGUAUAGUUACAUGAACAGUUUUGACAGAGGAUGUGAUACACUAUCUCAGAGUACGUCUUGGGAUUCAAUAAGUUUUUAAUUUUCAUGACUUAGUUGUGCAUGAUGGCUUUGGGCCCUAUAGUUGUCGCUCGUUCUGUUGUUGCUGCUCUAUCUGACGGUGGACUCCUGCACGAGUUAGAAAGCUCAGAACAAUAAUCAUACUGUUCCAAUGUCCGACCAGUCUUAUUCUUUACUCGUAGUAAAUUCAAUGCCGCCAAUAGUUUACUUCUGUGACUAAUGGAUAGCCGCGGGUACUUAAAUGAUCGCAUGGAUCUGCUGAUGAUUGACAUUUCUACUGAAUGCUGAGGCAGAAACGAUACCAAGUCUCUUAGUUUAAUUAAUAAUUGUAGUCGACCGAAUUGCUUGAACCGGUUGCUCAGACCACUCUUUUAGAUGCUCGUGAAAAUCUAGUGUUGCUUAACCUCGACCAGCAGUGUUAAGUGUACGAAAAGGGAAGGAAGGAUUAGCUGGAAUCCUGAACUCAGGAGUCCAGAAGUGCCUAAGGGCGUUUAAGCGCGUGAUCGUAGUCUGGUAAAUCAUUCCCUCUGGCAAUUUGUCCGCAGGCAGAGGCAAAAAACAGCAAUUGUCUUGGCCUCUUGCUUCUGAAAAGGACAACUCGGGGCUGUAUGGAAAAAGGUGCGGACGGGCCAGAGCUGGCCUACCGUCAAAAAAUUUUUGCAGAAGACUGCGGAGGCGCGCUUGUUGUCUGAAGCGCAAAAAUACGAAUGACGUUGUUAGGACGACGUGCCGCACGCCGCAGCCUUGUCUGACUUACCCUUUUUCCCACUCAAUCUCACUAACAUGCGCUCAGCCGACGUAUGCAACCGUGCGUACUAAAAUUCAAAGCGGGAAUCUUUGUCAUCACCACAGCUGCAAUAGAUGAGGUUGGGGAGCAAAAAUAGCUAGCCACCGCCCCAUGCCUCUGCCUCUCCCCCAAACACCGACGUCGGUCCGACUCUCCACGCGAUCUUACGCGCGCCCGCGUGCAUGUUUGUUUUUCUAGGCUCGGUACAGGUCUGGCCGACUGCCAAAACCGGACGGACGCACUACCUGUCUGCGCACUCACGGCUGCCGCAAGGGUGGUAUCGCGUUUGCGCCUUUACGCUCGCUCGCUCGCUCGCUCGUUGUCUCAGUUACUCCUGGAGUGAUGGCUUUGGGCUAAGGCAGAAAAGAUCGAUCGUUUUAUGCUCGCAUCGCGCACGAAACACGUGCGGCGCUAUCUGAUUGUAGGACGGAAAUGGGCCUUGGCGUUUUGCCUUUAGAGCUGAGGCCACACAGCUCCCGCAGACCGUAUCAUAACUUCUAGCAAUCGAUAAUCGAGAAGCCUUGACGAAAAAACGGGGGCACUGAAGUCGCUAUUUCUGAUUACUUGGACCAAAAGCCAGGUUACAUGUCAUUCCGUCGAUCAUCAGGCGACGGCAAAACAAACGUAUAGCAUUGCUAAUCCAACUGAGCGAAGCAGCGCAAAACAACCAGGCGGGUAAGGUGCUCUCCGACUAGAACACGCAAGCGGCGGACCCACGUUCUGGGCUUUGGUGUGUACCUGCGCUUGUCGUCAGAUAGUGGCUCAUUUGCACAUGUAGUAGGGUCAUUGAUACCUAACACAUCUGCCUUACAGUUAUGGUUGCCAACGUCAGUACUGAUAGCCAAACACUUAUACUUGCCUGUAUGUGUGCGCGUGACAUAGAAUAGGCGGUUUUUUUUUCUCUCUCUCUCGUGACAGUUCGACCGUUGUUGCCGACGGUGCCCACCGUGCGCUCCGCUACAAGGUGGAGCAGGGACGGUGA